AUGAAAAUGAAAAUUUCUAAAACAAGAAAGAAAACGGAAAAGAGUGUUCCAACAAGUUCACAUGGUAUAUCAAAAUGGAUAAAAGAGUAUCGUGAUCGUUUCGCAAUUGAUAUUGAUCAACUCGAACAAGCAUCUCGUCAAUAUCUUGCUCAAAACGAAGUCAACUCUGAUGAACAAUCUGAAAAAAAUAAUAAUAAUGGUUUAAGUGAUAACAACGAUGAUGACAAUGGCGGUUGGACAGUUGUUUCACGUUCAUUAAAGAAAACUCGUCAACGCAUGAUUCCAUCAACAGAUAAAACCUUGAAUCGUUUACGAGCAAAGCUUAAACGAUCAAAUGAAAAAAAAGAAUUAGUCAAUUUUUAUAAAUUUCAAAUGACUGAUAAAAAAAUUGAUCAACUUGAUCAAUUAAAAAUGAAAUUUGAAUUAGAUAAACAACGUAUUACACAAAUGAGACAACAACGAAAAUUUAAACCUUUCUAG